AAACACAUGGAGAGCCUAAGUAACAUGACAUCUACGUUUCCAAGUUUCUUGUUGACUGGCAUUUCUGGCCUAGAGUCUGCCCAUGCCUGGAUCUCCAUUCCCUUCUGCUUUCUUUAUGCCAUUGCCAUCUCUGGGAACAGCAUGAUCCUCUUUGUCAUCAUUACCCAGCAGAGCCUCCAUGAGCCCAUGUACUAUUUCCUCUCCAUGCUGUCAGCCACGGACCUGGGUUUGACAGUAUCUACAAUGUCAACAACUUUAGCUAUUCUCUGGUUUGAUGCAAGAAAAAUCAGUCUCGAUUCCUGCAUUAUCCAGAUGUUUUUCCUCCAUGGAUUUACCUUCAUGGAAUCUGGGGUACUGGUGGCUAUGGCUUUUGACCGCUAUGUGGCUAUCUGUAACCCUCUGAGAUACACUACAAUUCUCACCAAUUCCAGAAUCAUUCAGUUGGGUCUAGCUAUGAGUAUACGUUCCACUGUAUUAAUAGUGCCACUCCUUUUGCUCCUUAAGCCCCUCUCUUUCUGUAAAACAAAUGUUCUUUCCCAUUCUUACUGCUACCAUCCAGAUGUCAUUAAAUUGGCAUGUUCAGAUAUUCGGGCCAACAGCAUCUGUGGGCUAAUUGAUCUCAUCCUGACAACAGGGGUAGAUACACCAUGCAUUCUUGUGUCUUAUGUAUUAAUCAUUCGCUCUGUUAUCAGUAUCGCAUCCCCUGAAGAGCGGCACAAGGCCUUUAGCACUUGUGUUUCCCACAUCGGAGCAGUUGCUAUUUUCUACAUCCCCAUGAUUAGUCUGUCCUUGGUUCAUCGCUAUGGUCAUGCAGCCCCCAAAGUGCUUCAUUCAAUGAUGGCCAACAUAUACCUACUUUUACCCCCUGUAUUAAACCCGAUCAUCUACAGUGUAAAAACAAAACAAAUCCGCAGAGCUAUAGUCAGUCUCUUCCAUAAAAAGUAA